UAGUCAAACUCGACUCAGGCGAUCGCUUCCUUCCUUUUUUUUUUCCCUUCCAUGGCGGAUCUCGCAGUGGCGGACCCCUCCCAGAAGCCCUCCGCCCUGCCGCCGCCGCGGCCCGCGGCAGCAAGAUCGUCAAGGGGCGGCGACCGAGACUUUCUGCUACACCUCGAAGCUUAUCUCUCUCGCCGCGACGGCGUCGAUAAGCUCCUCAAGAUCUCCCGCUACGCCGCCAAGGUCGCCCUCGCUGCCCCCUCCUCCCCGCUCCCCCCGGCCCUCGCUCCCCGCCUCAAGUCCUUUGAAUCCAGCGUCGGUCUUAGCCGCAAGGCCUUCCGCCUCGGCAAGUUCGUCCAGGAUCUCAACGCACUCCGUGCCUCCGCUGACGGUGCGCUCUCUCCCGCCGAUCGCUUCCUCGCCGUCGUCGCAUACGGUGGUGAGGGCGCCUAUUAUUUCGUUGAACAGUUCGUGUGGCUAUGCAAGGCGGGCCUCAUACCUUCCGAGUACUCGCGCCGGCUCCAAAUGAUUAGCGCUUGGACAGAGCUUAUCGGCUACUUCGGCAGCGUCGCCCUAAAGGCCAGAGAAGUACGAAAAAUACAAUCUUUGAUCCGAUCAGGGAUCGAUAGCAUGAAACCUGAAGAGGAUGAUGAGGAAAUUAGGAAACUGAGAACGAAGCUGUUGCUAAAGCAACUCUCCAUCUUUCAAGAUCUCGCUGAUGGUUUGAUGGCGCUCGGAGAUGUGAGAGAUGGAAAGGGGUUUCUCUCAAACACUCUACUGAUGGCUUCGGCCGGCCUCCUUUCAGCACUCAUCAGCACUCACAAGAAUUGGACUUCUUCCUGAGGUACUCUCUGUUCAUUCCUCUCAGAAUAAGCAAGGCCAAGGCAUUAGAAUCAAAGUGCCUUUUGAAGCUCCAUUUAUCAACAUUUUCUUAGAUUAUAUGAUUGAUGAUACAUUACUAGCUGUGCUAUUUGUGUCAUUUUUAAAGCUGAAUUUAUCCAAUUUGGAUUAAGGAAUUGCCUUUUCGCUUAUCAUCAAUCGAUUGGCAUGCUUAUUAUCAACU